UAUCAUAGUUCAGUCCUGAAAGUGAAUACGUCUUGUUGAAUGAGUAGAUCGGACAGACAGGAAAAAGAGCAAAAGGGAGCAAAUACUGAAAGGGAAAGAGAAAACAACAGCAGAGAAGAUAAACUGAGAUGAAGAUAAAGAGCAGCAUAAGGAAGCAUGCGGAUUGGAUAGCAGAGCAGGACAGGGUGAAAGUCUAGAGUUAUGACUGAGCUAUAAACACUAUCACAUGUUACUUGCAUAUAGAUAUAUGGAGGAAUCAGUCUAAUGAGGCCUGCAUGGAUUCGUUUGUCUCAGAACACACAGAUACUCUACCUUCUCUUCUGUCUCUGCCAUUACACUCAGGCCAUUACCAUUCUGGUGCCGAGGAGCACUAUCACGGCACCGGUUCAGGGAAGCGCUCUUUUCUCCGUGGACAUCACAUGCACCGGGACUCCAGCAAUCAGAUGGAUGUUCAGUUCUGUAAGCAGACAGCAAAGCAUCGCAGCCUGGAUGCUCGGUGGCUCUGCAAACAUCACGCAAAUGUACGAAGGAAGAGCGCAAACUCAUCCCAACGGCUCUCUAACCAUAACCGACCUACGUCUACAAGACUCUGGCUAUUACACCAUCACUGUGACCGAACCGUCUGGAAACAGCAAGGACAUGUGCAUGGUGUUGAGUGUAACUGAGGUGCUGUAUGAGGACAUUCAGUACUUUAUCGUGUUCAUCAUUGUGUUGGGGACGCUGGCUGCAUUACUGAUGCUGUGUAUGUGGCUCUUGAAUAAACUACACAACUUCAUAAAGGCCUGGAGACAACAGAGAUGCUUACCAGUGAUUGACCAGAUGAGUGAUGAACGCCACACCUGCCACGAGCGCUUCCCUGUACAUCCUCAGACGAGUGAAGAUCAACAUGUUCAAUCAGACAGACAUCACCACCAACUCUCUGAACGCUGUUCCUCGACAUACUGCAGUGAAGAAGAGCGGACCGGCAACAGGAUCAUCACAUACUUACAUGUUAUUAUACAUUUACAUUUAGCAGACGCUUUUGUCCAAAGCGACUUACAAAUGAGGACAAUAGAAGCAAUCAAAACCAACAAAAGAGCAAUGAUAUGCAAGUGCUAUGACAAGUCUCGGUUAGUCUAACGCAGUACACGUAGCAAGUUUGUUUUUAUUAAUGUAUAUACACACAUACACAUCCAUAUAUAUAUACAUAAUUAUAAAUGGUCAAAUGACAUCCUCUCAGGUACCAGAUGGUGGAAAAUUUAUGAAUGUUCUUUGUGUGUUAUUUUUAAUGGAUGAAUGCUUUUAAAAAUCAUUGGAUAUUGCAGGGGCAAAUUUCCAUUUGUGGUUCAGAUACCAAUCCUAUCAAAAUUCCUCAGCUAUAUUAUUUAGUGUACAAAUGUCUGUCUCUUAUAAGACAAAAAGAUUUGAAUGUGGCUCAGUGUCAUGAUUGAUAAAUAGUAAUAACUAACAAACAGCAUAUUUAGACAAACAUACAUAUUUAAUAGGUUUUUUUUUCCAGAUUUUUGGGUAAGACAGGUUUGACCUUUUUGAUUGUAAAGGUUCAAAAUAAAUCUUUGCAUAAUGAUGAUUACCUGCACUGGUUGUUCUCAUUAAAUGUAGUUUGUCUUUAGAUUUUCCAGUGUAUAGAAGGAUUGCUUUUUUUCUGUUUCUACAAAUGUGUCCCUGCAGCACAAAAGCAGUCAUAAGCAGCACAGGUAUAUUUGUAGCAAUAGCCAACAAUACAUUGUCAAAAUUAUCAAUUUUUCUUUUAUGCCAAAAAUCAUUUGCCUAUUAAAGGGGUCAUAUGACGUUCCUAAAAAGAACAUUACUUUGUGUAUUUGGUGUAAUGCAAUGUGUUUAUUCGGUUUAAGGUUCAAAAAUCACAUUAUUUUCCACAUACUGUACAUUAUUGUUGCUCCUCUAUGCCCCACCUUUCUGAAACACUCCGAUUUUUACAAAGCUCAUCGUUCUGAGAAGUGAGGUGUGCUCUGAUUGGCCAGCUAUCCAGACGGAAAAAUGUUACGACUGUGUGAGACAGAAAUGUUACGGCCCUUAGCGUAUUGUGAUACCAUGUCCCGGCGCGAUGAAACAAAAACAAUAAGACCCAUUAUAAAAGAGGCAUUUGUUGCAUCCAGUGGGGACAUAAUUACUGAUUAUAAUGACUUAUACUGUCUUUUUACAUGUCGCACCACGUAAACAUUACCAUGUCUGCAUUUGUGAUCGGAGAAACGACAAACAACAAGCACUACUCUACACAGCUCAAAACUUGCGUUUGAGUAGUCAGUGGCCAAUUCUUUAAAUAUGAAAACAUACUUACAGGCUGAGAGUCAGAAGUGCCAGACUGUCCUUGCCAAGUUUGAAUCGCCCCACUUUAUAGAAACAGGCUUUGAGCAGCUGGCAGCUACUCUCAGGUUCAGGAAAUAGUCCUCUGUAAAAUGCGCUGCACACACUCCAAUAUUUGGGUUGAACUGUUCUGGAACAGUGUUGUAAAUACAACUUAACCACUGAUUUCUAGUUGUGUCCUCUUUUGGAAGCCCAAACAAAGUAGUUUUGCUUUCACAAUGAAACACAGCGUCUCCAGGACAUGGCACCGGCGGCAGCAACAGUACUACAGCGAGAAUCAUAGUUACACCUUCUUUCAUUGCGUAUACAUUUGGGGCGGUGUUUUGCAAAUCUUCCCACACAGUGAGGUAGACAUGUGGGGGCGUGUUUGAAUGAGCCGUUUUAGGGGGCGUGGUCGAGUCUUAACUUUGAUAAAGAAUAUCUCUUUGGGUUUGAGACUUCAGGGAUCUUAUCUAUGCACAAACAGCUUGUAACACUCCAAAGAGAAAGGAAAACUUGAAAUUGCAUCAUAUGACCCAUAAAGAUAUUUUGUAAAUUUCCUAGCGUAAAUAUAUCAAAACUUAAUUUUUGAUUAGUAAUAUGCAUUGCUAAGAGCUUCAUUUGGACAACUUUAAAGGCCAUUUUCUCAAUAUUUUGAUUUUUUUUACACCCUCAGAUUCAGAUUUUCAAAUAGUUGCAUAUCAGCC